AUGGCAUCGUCGGCGGUCCGGCGCCUUGUCCAAGGCACGUCGGCUGUGGUGCCGGCUUCUCGUCUCCCCGGCCUCGUCUUGUUGGAUCCUGUCGCCCUGCACCGGGACAAUAUGUCCACUAUCCUCCAAAGCCAGUACAAGGCCUACACAGACCUCGCAACCAACACUGCCGUCGUCGAUGUUGGGCAAGUUGUGCGUUAA